AUGGCCCCACAGGCCCCACAACAGCCAGCCCCCACCUCCCAGAGUGCUGCUCCCACCCCCCAUGAUGCCCCAACUCAAACCCCAGCUGGUCAAAUGCCCCCAACCUCUACCCCAGCCUCCCUGCCUCCUGCCCCACAGCCCCACCAGCCCCCAGUCCCUGGCCCCACAGCGCCCCCCAGUGCUUCAGCAGGCGGCCACACCAGCGCUCCGGGUGGUGCUGCUCCGCCACACCCCAUGCCAGGCUCUGUGACAGCCCACACCCCCACCCUGGGCACCACGCCACCCCCCACCAGCCAGGGGCCUCCUCCUCACACCCCAGCACCACACAUGCCCCAGAGCUACUCCCCCACUGCUGGCCCUGCCCCCCCCACUUCUGCCCCAGGGCCAGUGGCUCACCCUAACUCAGCCCCCGGCAGCCCCAUGCCACCCCACCUGCCCCCAAGCCCUGCCCCUGCCGGCCUGGUGGCCCCUCCCUCCAACCAGGGCCCCAUGUCCCCCCACCCACCCCACAGCCCCAUGCAGCCACACCCACCCCACAGCCCCAUGCCGCCACACCCACCCCAUAGCCCCAUGCCGCCACACCCACCCCACAGCCCCAUGCCGCCACACCCACCCCACAGCCCCAUGCCUCCCCACCCUUCCCAGCCCCCAAUGGCUCCACAGCAGCCUACCCCACCCCCCAUGGCCCCACACAGUGGCCCUGGACCCAUGGCCCAACACCCUCCUCAGGGCCAGAUGGUGGGCCAGCCUGCCCCCGGACAGGUGUCCAUGGCUGCCCACACCCCGGGCCCCAUGCCGCCCCACAUGGCCCCUCACAGUGCUGCAGCCCACCUGCCCCCUGGCCACAUGCCGCACUCUGCCCCGGGCAUGCCUCCUCAUGCUGCCCCUGGAGUGCCCACAAACACUGCCUCAGGCCACAUGCCCCCUCACACUGCCCCAGGCCACAUGCCCCCUCACAGCACCCCAGGCCACAUGCCUGCACACAGUACUCCUGGCCUUGUGCCUUCUCAUAGUACACCUGGCCACAUGCCCCCACACACAGUGGCUGGCCACAUGCCCCCUCACACUGCUGGUGGUCAUAUGCCCCCCCACACUGCUGGUGGCCAUAUGCCUCCCCAUGCUGGUAGUGGUGGCCCUGUGGCCCCUCACGGUGGUGGUGGACACCCGCCUCACGGUGGCCCUGGCCUGCCUGCCAGCCCCAUGGCCCCCCACACAGCCCAAUCUGCCAUGGCCCCUCACCCCCCAACCUCCAUGGCCCCUCACGGCACCCCAGGCCACUCCGUGCCCGGCCCCAUGCCUCCCCACUCCAUGCCCCCACACUCAGCCCAGCCCCCCAUGGUCCCCCACCCUCCCCAAGGCAACAUGCCCCCUCAGGGUCCUCCCUAUGGCAACAUGAUGCCCUCAGCAGCCCCUCAUGGUGCCAUGCCCUCUGCCCCUCCCCAGGGAGCCCCCAUGGUGCCAGUGAUGGGUGGCCAGCCCACCCCUAACUCCCCUGCACCUCCCCAGCCCCAGCACCCCCCCUCAUAA